UCUGCUUUUCUGUUAGACUGACCAAGUCAACUCACAUAGGACAAGUUUGAUGAAACUGUAAAGUAUGAAGUUACCGCAGGGGCUUUUAGGGGAGAAGGGGAGAGGCAGCUGCAUCGAGGAGGAGAUAAGAUUCCAAGAGCCGUCGUCCUUCAUCUCUACAAAAUGCCAAUCUGCAAAGGAUACCUCAUUUUACCGAGAAGAUUGCGACCUGCAAAGAAAGCCCACUGUAUUUUGAAAACCGAGUUUCAGAUUAUCGAAAUAGGGCGAAAUAAGGCAAAUCCUUGUAAGUAUUGGCUGCCGGAAGGAAGGAGUAGACUCAGGGCUGCUCCAACUGCGCUGUCGAAGAGACAUGCUGAUGGUUCAUUGCCAAUUGAAGAUUUCAACAUAGUACUUGAAAAUCAGAGUGGGAAGAAAGUACAAAUGGGAUCGGAGACUGAUCAGCGGUAUGAUUUAAUCAGGGGCAAUCAUGAUGAGCCUGAUGUUACAUACCAAUGCAAAGCAACUGAUUAAAGCACAAAAUUACAAAGAUGCAAUGGAAGUGCUCAGCAUGGAGGAGGAGGCUUUCUCUCUGCGAUCCAUCGGUUAUUAAGCUGGUCGAUAAUCCUUCUAUACUGCAAAUCGAUAUGGUUUGGUGUUAUUUCAUGCUUAGAGACAUCAACUGGCUCUCAGUGGCAAGAAUUCGCCUUGAGAAAGCCAGAGAAGGUCUUGAACGAGCUCAUGGAAAGGACUCUUCUCGUGUUAGACUCCUUCAGGCAGGUCGUUAUCCAGAGCGUGCACUGUGACUACUUCUACUACAUAUCUGAAUGUUUGUCUACACUACGCAGGUCUACUUACUUUGUUGAUUCUCAUUAUAGAUAUUUGAUACUGGAGCUGCUGGAAGGGGUGGCGGCGUAUCACCGUGGUCAGGUUGAUAAGUCAAUGAAGGUGUUGACUUCUGUACAAGAGUUGUUCACCCAGGUUUGGAGCUUGCUGCUGAAGCACUAUGAGGAAAUGACAGUGGAGAAGGCAUUCGAUUUGACAAAUCCACAGACCAAUUCUUCCAUACAGCAACACCUUGAAUCGAGGAAAAGUAAACUACAGUGCCAAGCAGUAGAUGCUUCAGUUGAAGCUUUUGUACGCAUGGCCUUUGACAGAUCAUUAGCAGUCUUAGCUUUGCAGGGUGGAGGGACAAUGGACCAAGCAAUCUGUCCACUGCUCUCGGGACAGGCACCAAACACCACAGAUGCAGCUAACCAAUCUGAGGCAAUUCCUGCAGUCAAUGCUAACAACAAUAGUCAAUCUGAUGUUGCAAUUGACAUUGCAAAUUCUCUUGCGUCAAUGCUUGAUAAUCAAAAUGGUCAAGUUGGAGGUCCUUCAACGUCUAGUAAUGCAUCAGAGCGUGAUUCAGAAAUGGAAAGCCAACUUGCUGAAGAACUAGCACAAGGAGAUGCUUUCACUGACUAUGAUAUUGAAGUUACUAGACAAGGUGAAGUCAUAAGUGAGUACUUAGCUCUACUGAAUUCAGCGGGAACAAAGUGAAUAUCACUCUGCCAAUAAGAAUUGCGACUUUAACAACCAUGCAUGUACAUGUAUAAUAACAAUAGGUCAAGGAUCUAGUUAUGGUGAUGGUGUUCCAGAUGAUCAAUGUCUUUGAUCCGGCAUUUUCCCGACCGUUCCAAGACUAAUAUUGGUGCCAUGUAGUUUAUCUAACCCGCCUUUCACCAUUU